CACUAAUUUUCGAUAACUUUCAAGUUACUCUAGUUUGUAGGAACAACCGAGCAACCGUUUCCUACACUCCAGGAAAUAAAAGGCUAAAAAUAAAAUAAAAGAAACAAAACUUGAAAAGAAACUCCACAUCAGACUUUGUUUUCCUUUUUUUUCGAAUUGGAUUUUGAUUAACUUCAUCAUCAUCUAGUUUCCUAACACCUACACAGUACAAACAAAAACUACUUCUUUUCUUUUCUUUUCAUUUUUUUUUCCUUUCAAACCAUCAAAAAUCAAUACAAUUAUCCCUUUUGUACGCAACAAUUUCAAUUAAAUUCCACUUCUGGAAACAAAUUUAAGGAACUCCCUUAAAUUAUUUUUUUAAUGAUCCUAUAAACUAGAUUAUCACACAUAGAUUACACUUUAAAUCUUCAAAUUAAUUUCUGGGUUUUCCUCAAACACUACUAAAAUCCCUACAUUUUGAUCUGGGUGUUUAAUUUUUCAACCAGAUCCUCAAAAAGGAAGAAAAUUUAUGGGAAGAAAGAUGAAGAAAAACACAGAGCAUUUGGUGAUAAUUUGCUUCCUAAUCAUGAUUAAUUCUUGUUUAGGGAGAUUUGUGGUGGAGAAAAACAGUUUAAAAGUGACAUCCCCAAGUAAUCUGAAGGGUAUUUAUGAAUGUGCAAUUGGGAAUUUUGGGGUCCCACAAUAUGGAGGUGCAAUGGGUGGAAUUGUGGUUUUUCCAAAAUCUAAUCAAAAGGGUUGUAAGCCAUUUUCUGAUGAUGAAAUUACCUUCAAACCUAAGCCUGGUGGAUUGCCUGUUUUUCUCCUUGUUGAACGUGGGGAAUGUUUUUUCACCUUGAAGUCAUGGCAUGCACAGAAUGCUGGUGCUGCGGCUGUACUUGUCGCUGAUGAUAGAAUUGAGCCUUUGAUUACUAUGGACACCCCUGAAGAAGGCACAUCUGAGGAAGAUUAUGUCCGGAAUAUCACCAUUCCUUCAGCCCUCAUUAGCAAGACAUUUGGAGAUAAGCUGAAGAAGUCUUUAUCAAAAGGCGAGAUUGUGAAAAUCAACCUUGACUGGAGGGAGACAGUCCCACAUCCUGAUGAUCGAGUUGAAUAUGAGUUUUGGACUAAUAGUAAUGAUGAAUGUGGGCCAAAGUGUGAUGCUCAGAUUGAUUUUGUAAAGAAUUUCAAAGGCGCUGCUCAGAUACUUGAAAAAGCUGGUUAUACUCAAUUUACACCUCGCUAUAUUACAUGGUAUUGCCCUGAAGCUUUUAUCUUGAGCAAGCAAUGCACUUCGCAGUGCAUCAAUCAUGGGCGUUAUUGUGCUCCAGACCCUGAGCAAGAUUUUACAGUAGGUUAUGAUGGUAAGGAUGUUGUACUUCAGAACCUGCGCCAAGCUUGCUUGUUCAAGGUAGCUAAGGAAAAUGGAAAGCCGUGGCUUUGGUGGGACUAUGUUUCUGAUUUUGCAAUCCGUUGCCCUAUGAAACAAAAGAAGUACACAAAAGAGUGUGCAGAUCAAGUAAUCAAAUCUCUUGGUGUUGACGUUAAGAAAGUAGACAAAUGUAUUGGAGACCCUGAGGCUGACGUGGAAAAUCCUGUCCUUAAGGCAGAACAGGAGGCACAGAUUGGUCAUGGUUCUCGGGGAGAUGUGACAAUAUUGCCAACUCUUGUAGUAAACAACAGACAGUACAGAGGUAAAUUGGUGAAGAAUGCUGUUCUCAAGGCUAUUUGUGCUGGUUUUGAAGAGACCACCGAACCUUCACUAUGUCUAACCCCAGAUGUUGAAACCAAUCAAUGCUUAGAGAAUAAUGGUGGAUGCUGGCAGGACAAGGCUUCCAAUCUUACGGCAUGCAGGGAUACUUUUCGAGGCAGAGUCUGUGAAUGUCCUACGAUGCAAGGAGUCAAGUUUGUUGGUGAUGGUUAUGUUCAUUGUGAAGCAUCCGGACAUCUACACUGUCAAAUCAACAAUGGAGGAUGUUGGAAGGAUACUCGUGGUGGCAGGACAUAUUCUGCUUGUGUGGAUGAACACACUCAUGGAUGUAAAUGUCCUCCUGGGUUCAAGGGAGAUGGUAUUCACUGUGAAGAUGUGGAUGAGUGCAAGGAAAAAGUAGCCUGCCAAUGUCCAGAAUGCAAAUGUAAGAACACUUGGGGAAGCUAUGAAUGCAGCUGCAGUAACGGUUUGCUGUACAUGCAUGAACAUGAUAUGUGCAUAGGUAAUGGUAAUGGAGGGUCUGGUUGGGGCUUUGCUUGGAUGUUUAUUCUGGCUUUGGGAACAGUUGGACUGGGUGGAUUUGCAUUUUACAAGUACAGGAUCCGGAGGUACAUGGAUUCAGAGAUACGUGCAAUCAUGGCUCAGUAUAUGCCUCUCGAUAAUCAAGUCGAGAUUACCACUCAUAUACUUGGGGAAGAGAACUGAGAACUCGAGCUCUACGCUAAAGGUUGGCACCAAUGACAUGGGCUAACUGGAUAUUGAUCAAAAAAUUGUUGUAUCUUUGCCCUCAAUGCGUCAUUACUCUUAUCUUGAGUUGGGCAAAAAGAGGAUUACCCCUAGGCCAAGUAUCUGUUCAUAAAAGGCUGCAUAUUUUUUUGGUAUGCUGGACUUUUACUGUAGAUCUGGCUGUCUGAUGAAGUAUCCUGCUAUAAAUAAUCCUGCUUGUAUGUAUAGAAUCGUCAAUAAGCGAUGGAGUUUUGAUUUCCAUCCAUUUUCAGAAGCAGAUUACUUAUCCUAUAGUAAAAAAAUAUCACUCAUCUUGGAUUGGUCACGA